GCUCCCGGCGCACCAGGGCUCCUAGGGCCGCCCCGGGCUGCUCCUCUGCAGUUGCCAGGGAAGGCGGCGGUCGUUACCCUGGAGUGAGGGGGUGGGGGGGCGCAGCCUUCCCGGGAACCUUCUUAGUCCUCCUCCCCAGCCUGGCUCCUCCUCCAGGCUCCAGGCUCGUGCCCGCUAUCGCCUGCGCGCACCGCUCCUCCGCCCCCCUCCUCCAGCUCCUGCCAUCGCCUCCCCUCCUCCUCUUCCUCCUCCUCCACCCAUCACCGCCACUACAGACGCCUUCGCCUCCUCCUACUCCUCUCGCUGCCGCCGCCGCUCCUCCUCGCGCUCCCUCCGGCUUUCACCAGCUCCUCGCUCCCAGCUGGUCUCGGCUGCGGCAGUGCCCUUCUCUCUCUCUCUCUCUCUCUCUCUCUCUCUCUCUCUCUCUCUCUCUCUCUCUCUCUCUCUCUCUCUCUCUCAAGUUUCCUAUCUCCUCACGAUCUGGGCAAAGGGAGGAAAACAUCCACUUCUGCUUGCUAUUUCAGAGAGGUGAUGAAGGCGAAAUUGAACAUCUCCAACAUGCAGUCGCUCCUUCUCGUUUUCUUGGUAUGGGACCCAGCCAGGUUGGUCCUGGCUAACAUCCAAGAAGAUGAGGCUAAAAAUAACAUUACCAUCUUCACGAGAAUUCUAGACAGACUUCUGGAUGGUUAUGAUAAUCGGCUUAGACCAGGACUGGGAGACACCAUUACUGAAGUCUUCACUAACAUCUACGUGACCAGUUUUGGCCCUGUCUCAGAUACAGAUAUGGAAUAUACAAUAGAUGUUUUCUUUCGACAAAAAUGGAAAGAUGAACGUUUAAAAUUUAAAGGUCCUAUGAAUAUCCUUCGACUUAAUAAUUUAAUGGCUAGCAAAAUCUGGACUCCAGAUACCUUCUUUCACAAUGGAAAAAAGUCCGUAGCUCAUAAUAUGACCAUGCCAAAUAAACUGCUUCGAAUCCAGGACGAUGGAACUCUGCUAUACACCAUGAGGCUUACAGUUCAAGCUGAAUGUCCAAUGCACUUGGAGGAUUUUCCGAUGGAUGCUCAUUCAUGUCCUCUGAAAUUUGGCAGCUAUGCAUAUACAACCUCAGAAGUCACUUAUAUUUGGACUUACAAUGCAUCUGAUUCAGUACAAGUUGCUCCUGAUGGCUCCAGGUUAAAUCAGUAUGACUUACUGGGCCAAUCAAUUGGGAAGGAGACAAUUAAAUCCAGUACAGGUGAAUAUACUGUAAUGACAGCUCAUUUCCACUUGAAAAGAAAAAUUGGGUAUUUUGUGAUUCAGACCUAUCUGCCUUGCAUCAUGACUGUCAUUCUCUCCCAAGUGUCAUUCUGGCUUAACAGAGAGUCUGUGCCUGCAAGAACUGUAUUUGGAGUAACUACUGUUCUAACAAUGACAACCCUAAGCAUCAGUGCUCGGAAUUCGCUCCCUAAAGUGGCUUAUGCCACUGCCAUGGACUGGUUUAUUGCUGUUUGCUAUGCAUUUGUGUUCUCUGCCCUAAUUGAAUUUGCAACUGUGAAUUACUUCACUAAAAGAGGCUGGGCUUGGGAUGGGAAAAGUGUAGUAAAUGACAAGUCCCCUUCAAUAAAAGCUGAAGGCAUUAUAUUAACAUACAACUCAGUGAAGGCAAUUCUUCAAGGAGCUAAACUAAUAUGGUUCAAGUAUAUAGCUUUCUCAUGGCCCAAUUUAACCCAAGGAAAGACUUUAGAGUACUUAGAGAAGUGGAUGGACUGUUUAAUCUUCAAACGAUCUUCUAAAAAAGAGAAAGCGUCUGUCAUGAUACAGAACAAUGCUUAUGCGGUGGCUGUUGCCAAUUAUGCCCCGAAUCUUUCAAAAGACCCAGUUCUCUCCACUAUCUCCAAGAGUGCGACCACAGCAGAACCCAAUAAGAAGCCAGAAAACAAGCCAGCUGAAGCCAAGAAAACCUUCAACAGUGUUAGCAAAAUUGACAGAAUGUCCAGAAUAGUUUUCCCAGUUUUGUUUGGUACAUUUAAUUUAGUUUACUGGGCUACGUAUUUAAACAGGGAGCCUGUAUUAGGGGUCAGUCCUUGAAUCUAGACACAGGUUAUCUUUGGAAUAUACAGCAACUUUAAACUUGGUUUGUUUUGCUAUGUACAGUCUAAUAACUGCUAAUUUGUCAGUCAAUAUGUGCAGUAUGUAUAUAGAGGUAUAGCUUACCAGUAGACCUUUAACAGAGAUACGCAUUUGCUAACUUAUGGAAAUAUGGGCAGAAGAACCGCAAGCUAAAAGAGCCAUUGCCUUUUUAAAAGAUUUACCCUGGGACACGGUUUGUAGUGGAUUUCAGAUGACUGAUUUAUUUCCUAUUCUUCUAAUAAUGAUGAAAAUUGGGAUCCUAAGUUAUUAUUUUUGGAACAUUUUAAUUUAAGAGUAUUUUUUACUGUUGCCUAAUUAUAAUAGAAGAUAAUGUCACUUGAGAUAAAUUCUUAGCAGAACUUCAUAUCUGCAGCAUCACUUCCCUUCCUGAGUGCUCAGAAUCCUUGUUACUAUAAUUGGAAGCUUGACAUACAUAAAAAGAAAAACUAGAGAUUUGAAAUCAGCUUUUAAUUACUCUGUAUAUUAUCUAUAGCCAUGUACAUAUUACAGCAUGACAAGCUCAAAUAAUUAUGAGUCACCCUGACAGGAUGUUAAUUAUGCCUACAAUUUAACAACUACUGGAAUAUCAUGGUCAGUAUAUUUUUAGCUUCAGAAUUCGUUUGAAAGUAAUAAUUGAAAUCCUAUGACAGUUCAUUCACUCAAACUACCUUAAAUUUAAAAAAAAAAAUAAAUGUGUCUUACUCAUUCCA